GUAAAAGCAGACCAAGUCUAUACAGCCCAUUCAAAACAUAUUAUCGCAUCUAUAAUGGUCGCAUAGCAUUAGAAACACCAAUAAUUGUUAUUUGAUAAUGUGAAUCUAUAUAGAUUAUAAAACUGCACUUUAGAUUUUAUUGAUACAGUUGAAGAGCGUUCCUCUUUUGUUUGAAUUAGUGGGUCGGUGCUUUACAAACGUGGUGCUCCCCUCGUGGCUAAGGCUUAUUGCAGCUCACGUUUAUAAUUAUGUCCAAAAGCGAGUUAGCAUGUGUUUACGCCGCCUUGAUGUUAGCUGACGAUGAUAUCGACGUUACAGCUGACAAAAUAAAUACCAUCCUGAAGGCUGCUAACAUCAAGUUUGUUGAAUCGUAUCUUCCCAAUCUUUUUGCAACGGCUCUAAACGGAAAGAAUGUCAAAGAUCUGCUCAUGUCAAUGGGGUCUGCUGCACCUGCUGCUGCUGCCCCAACUUCGGCUCCAGCGGCAGUAGCCAACGGUGGUGCCGAAAAGGGAAAAGAACCUGCAAAAGAAGAAAAGAAACCAGUUUCAGAUGACGAUUCUGAUGAAUCGAUGGGCUUUGACUUGUUUGGUUGAUUUAAUCUUAUGUACAGAAUAUAUUGGAUACACACAUGA